AUGACUCCUUAUGAGAAGUUGUACAACAGAAAACCAUCAGUUUCUCAUUUCAAAGUGCUAGGCUGCUUGUGUUAUGCAAAAGACUUAACUAUAUCUGAUAAGUUACAGUCAAGAGCAAAACUUUGUGUUAUGAUGGGGUACUCAGAAGUGCAAAAGGGGUAUAUAUUGUAUAACAUGAAGAACAAGGUAUUCUGUGUGAAUAGAGAUAUGAGUUUUAGAGAAAUUGAGUUUCCUUUCAAAUGGAACACAUCAGAAACACCUCUUUUCCUUCGUGACAUGACUCAUCACUUAACUGAAGAACCUACGGAACUAGUCCAUUGUACCAUACAAGCACCUACUAGAAUGUCAGGAAGAUCAAGACAACCUCCAAUAUGGAUGAAGGAUUUCAUUACAUCAAAUCUAGCUGCAAACUACUCCAUAGCCAACUAUAUCUCAUACGACUCUAUUGCUCCUAAAUAUCAAGCAUUUCUUACUGCUUUUUCAAAAGUUACAGAACCUAAAACCUAUGUCGAAGCCUCUAAAGAUCCUAGAUGGGUUGAAGCAAUGAAAGUAGAAAUCUCUGCACUUUAA